AUGGCCGAAAGAGCUACUACCCCUCCAAUCCUACAAGGGCCCACAGCAAAAGAGAAGAAAUACGACAGGCAGCUUCGGCUGUGGGCAGCGAGCGGGCAAGCAGCCCUCGAGACCGCAAAAGUACUGCUUCUGAACUCGGGUCCUGGCGUCGUAGGAGUUGAAACCCUCAAAAAUCUCAUACUACCUGGUGUCGGUAGCUUUACCAUUGUUGAUGAGGCCAAUGUGUCAGAAUUGGACCUGGGCGUCAACUUCUUCCUCGAGGAGUCAAGCUUGGGCAGGUGGAGAGCUGAGGAGACCCGCAGAUUUUUGCAAGAGCUCAACCCUGAAGUUAGGAUAAACGCUCUUGAAGGGUCAAUCGACGCCUUCGCCGAUCAUCCCAGGCGCCUCGAGCAGUAUAGCCUUAUACUGCUUGUUGGACCUACAAGAAAUGCCAGGGUGCUGGACAGGAUAUGCCAACACGCCGACAAGUCAUCAAUACCUCUGUUCUACAUACACUGCCAAGGCUUCUUUUCUCACUUUUCGGUACAACUACCUGCUCAGUUUCCAAUCGUCGAUACCCAUCCAGAUCCCGCUUCCACACAAGAUCUACGCCUCCUGAAUCCAUGGCCAGAAUUGCUUGAGUUCUUGGAAAAGAAGACAGGGAAUCUGGGCUUAUUAUCAGAUCACGAUCACGGUCACGUACCAUACCUCCUCAUCUUGUUACACUUUCUCAAUGUCUGGAACGCCUCACAUGACAGCCAAGCUCCAGCCAAUUACUCCGAGAAAAAAGAAUUCAAAGCGCUAGUAGAAAGUGGAGCACGAAGAAACAACUCAGAAGGCGGAGAGGAGAAUUUCGACGAAGCAGCAGCCGCCGUACUGAAGAGUCUAAAUCCGCACUCAAUAUCCAGCGGUCUCCGUGAAGUCUUUGAAGCAGACGCCUGCCAAAAUCUCAGACCCACGUCCGCAAACUUCUGGAUCAUCGCCAACGCAAUCCAAAAAUUUCGAACCUCACACAACGGCAUCCUCCCCCUCCCCGGCGCCCUCCCAGACAUGAAAGCCCAAUCUUCCGACUACAUACAGCUCCAAAACAUCUACAAAGCCAAAGCGCGGUCUGACUUAGCAGAAGUCACUCGGACAAUCCGCAGCUCAGAGCAAGAAUUAGGCAGGAGACUUUCAAUCGAACAAGCUGAGAUCGAGGCAUUCUGCAAAGGCGCUCAAUUCAUCAAAGUGAUUCACGGCCGCCCUAUACGCGUUGCCAAAUGUACUGCCGAAAUCGACUGGAGUGACAGAGCAAAAGCUCUUAGCCAAGAACUUCAAAAUCCAGACUCGCUGCUGCCGAUCUACUUCGCUUUUCUAGCCCUCGAUCGAUACCAAGACGAUAUAGAUCGGAUUCGAACCCUCCGACAACCGGCCAACGACCAGCAGUUCAACGACAUUCUGACAGGCCGGGUGGUAUCAGGUGCAGUACCACCAUUGCCAACUUUUGCCGAAUCUGCACAUUUCUCUACCCCUGCCGUCGAUCCUGAGCAUGAUCCCAAGCCAUGGCCACGAUUCGAUACUCCAGAAGCGCGGACAGCGUUUGAUGAUGUUGUCAAAGAGCUUGACCGUGCAGAUUGGGGCGAGCUGCACAACAUUGCGGCAUUGACAGGUGGAAUGGUGGCCCAGGAGGUCAUCAAGGUGAUCACGAAGCAGUACGUACCUGUAGAUAAUAGCUGCGUUUUCGACGGGAUAGCGAGCAAGACUGCUGUUUUCAAGGUCUAA